AUGCCUCGCCUGUGCUUCAAAUGGCAUGAGCUAAGGCCUGUGACUCAUCUGAACCAGCCACUAUUUACGUUCCCGAGAGUAUAUUCUUCUUCCGUUCGAAGUGUGAGAUUUAACGGGCCUAAGAACAAUGCUAUUACUGUUCUCAUUGAUGGAACUCUUGUGGCUUCCUCAGACAUUCAAGUUUUAGCUAAUUCUAGUUCUUGUAUUUUGUUUAAUCACAUAAAUGGGCUUUCCAUUACUGGUGGUAUUAUUGAUGGGCAAGGAACUCUCUUGUGGAAUUGUAAACACUCAGGGAAGAAUUACCCCAUUGGAGCUCGGGGUCUUCAAAUAAAUGAUGGAAAGGACAUGAAGAUCAAUGGAUUAUCUUCAAUUAACAGCCAAUUGUUCAGCAUUGUAAUGAAUCGGUGCCAAAACGUGCAUAUGACAAGAGUGAAUGUCUUGGCUGCAAGCGAUAGUCCAAACACUGAUUGCAUCCAUAUGCAACAAUCAUCAGAUGUGAUUAUCCUCAACUCGAACAUUGGAAACGGUGACAAUUGCAUCUCCAUUGGUCCAGGGACAUCCAACAUCAUUGGGAGCUUAGGGAUAGAGUCUGAAGAGGAUGGAGUGCAUAACAUUACAGUGAAAUCAUUUACAUUCACGGGGAUUCAGAAUAGAGAUUCUGGAGUUAAAGUUAGUGAAGUAACAUACGAAGACAUCAAGGGAACUUCAGCCACUGAAAUAGCAAUUAAUUUUGAUUGUAGUCCAACAAAUCUUUGCACUGGAUUAAACUUGAUAGACAUAAAGCUAACUUCUGAGAACCUCAUCGCUAAAGCUUCAUGUAAAAAUGCUGAAGGAACUACCUCUGGUGUGGUUGAACCUUCUAGUUGA